AUGCCGUACUUUGACGACAUCUUGGUAGCCUCUAGAACACAGAGUGACCAUGCAACCCAUCUGCGAAAGGUGCUUGAAAUAGCACGCAACAACAAUCUGAAGCUAAACAAGGACAAGCUCAAGCUGGGUCUGUCUACAGUAACCUACCUUGGUCACCAGCUUAUCCGAGAAGGCAUUGCUCCUGACCCUGAAAAGGUAAAGGCAAUCCAGGCCUUACAACCACCAAAUGACAAGGCAGAGCUCCUGCGAUUUCUCGGAAUGGCAACAUACCUUAUGAAGUUCAUUCCAAACUUCUCAACAGAGACGCAACCUCUGCGUGAGCUCCUGAAGUCCGACGUGGCAUGGCACUGGACUCGCAAGAUGUCCAAUGCAUUCAUGGAGAUCAAAGACAACCUGACCACUGCUCCAGUGUUGCAUUACUUUAAUGCUGCGCGACCAAUUACCAUCAAGACAGUAGACGAGGAACAUGGUGUCCUGGUCUGCACAUUGGUUCACGCAUCCACAGCAAAGCUGGCUGAAAUCCAAGCUAGCACGGCAGCAGAUGAGGUCUUGAAGCGUGUAACGACCUACAUCGAGCACGGUUGGCCAAAGAAAAUCUCAAAGGUCCACCCGUCAGUCAGACCCUUCUACUCAAGAAGAAGUGAGCUCUACAUAACCGAUGGCUUCAUCUGCUAUGGCGAACGACUAGUAGUGCCAGAAGCAUGCAAGAAGGAUGUGAUCUCUAGACUUCACAUGACCCAUCGCGGCAUUGUCGCAUGCAAAAACCUGGCUUCCCAAAGCGUCUUCUGGCCUAGGAUAAACCAGGACAUCGAGGAGCUGAUCAGCAGCUGUGAAGUUUGUCAACGCCACCAAGGAGCAAAUCAAAGAGAACCACUUCUUGACCGAGACUUGCCAAUACGCCCAUGGGAGAAAGUAGCCAUGGAUUUCUUCUACCACGGUGGCACCACUUAUUUGCUUGUGGUAGAUUAUUACUCGAAGUUUGUGGAAGUCAAGAAAAUGUCGACUACAACGGCAUCUGCUCUUAUAUCAGUGCUCAAGGAGCUGUAUGCGUGCCACGGCACACCAAGUGAAGCUGUCAGUGACCAAGGCCCCCCAUUUGAUUCUGUGGAGUAUAGAAGCUUCAACAAGGAGUGGGAUAUCGUCCACAACCCAUCGUCACCACUCUUUCCGAGGUCCAAUGGACAAGCAGAACGGACAAUACAAACCAUCAAGGCCACAAUGACUAAGACUCUCUCCGAAGGAAAGGACUUGGCACUAGUGUUGAUGACCUACAGAGCAACGCCAAAAGAACCAGCCAUUUUGGUUUUGGCAUGGAAAAAGUUGGAGAAAAGCAGUUGUGACACAGCACCUCCCUUCGUCAGUCCAAUGCAACAGACUCGCCACCACAAGCUCAACCCCGCCAGACUCGCUCAGGAAGACCUGUGA